GACGGCAGACCCGAGGAGGAGAAGGCGCUCGGCUCGGCACGCACAGUCGCACCACGCGCUAGCAGACAGCCGCAGCAGUGGGAAGAGAGGAGAAGCAGAAGAAGAACAAGAACAGCAAGGAGGAGAGAGAGAGAGCAACAAGAGGAGUUGAGUGAGGGCACAAGGAUUUGGUGAGGGAUCUCAUCAUGCAGAACUCAAAAACCAGUAGGAAUGGCUCUUCAGAUGCUCCGCAGAGGACGUCUCCAGCAACUCCACGGUCGUCUCGUGUGGCGAAAACUGGAGGGAAUGAAACUGAUUCCGCAGGGAUCACACCAACAAGAACACCUACAGAGAGGAGUCCAAAGGUCAUCGAGCGUCGUUCCCCACGGAGCCCAGUUACUGAGAAGAAGCGCCCAAGUAGGCUAACUGAGCUGGACUCUAAGGUCAACCAGCUCCAAGAUGAGCUGAAGAAGACCAAGGAACAGUUGAGUGCAUCAGAGGCACGAAGGUGCCAAGCACAGCAGGAGGCCGAAGAAGCAAAGAAGCAGGGACAGGAUGUGUCGUUGAAGCUGGAGGAGUCGCAGUGCCAGCUUGUCAAUCUCUCAGCAGCAGAGGAGUCCCGUCUCCAGGAGCUGCGCAAGAUCCAACAGGAGCGUGACCGCACCUGGCAGGCCGAGCUUGAGGCAUUUCAGAAACAGCAGUCAGUGGAUGCCGCUGCACUCAGCUCGGCCUUGUCUGAGAUCCAGAGGCUGAAGUUGCAGCUGGAGGUGACAGUGCAAUCUGAUACAGCCCGUGCCAAGCAAUGUGAGCAUGCGGACUCUGAGCUUGAAGCGCUGAAGCAGGAGAUGGAGCUCAGGCUUGCAACGAUUGAAGCCCUGAAAGUAAAUAUCAGUGAAAGUGACAAGGCUGCAGCUGAUGCGAAUGCCAUGGCAACUGAGACCAAGCUGCAGCUUGAGACUGCAAAGGCCACCAUUGACACACUCCUAGCUGAAGGUGCCCGGUUGCAAGAAUGCCUGAAGUCAAAGGACAUAGAGCUCGGUGAGUCUAAAGCUCGGGUAGUAGCACUUGAGGAAGAUCUGAAGAAGGCACAUGCUGCAGGUAAUGAAAUUCUGGACGAGGCACAGGCAGGCAAUGCCAAUGGUGGCUUUGGCAGUCCGUUGACUGAAGUUCUGAAGAAGAGCCCACAUCCCACCAGUGACAUCAAUGGAAGUCCUGACCCAGAGAUUGAGCACUUGCGGAUGGCGCUUGAGGUGGCAGAGAUGAGGUACCAGGAGGAGCAAACUCGGCUGACCUUCGAGACAAAGACAGUCUAUGAGAUGCUGGAGAAUGUUAAGUCUGAGUGUACGCGCCAAGUGUGUGAUAUUGAGCUCAAGCUGAAGAGCAAGAAUGACGAGCUCAUGGCAGCGCAGGCAGCACUUACAGGCAAGGCGCAGGAGGACCUUCACAGGUCAGACGGGCUGAGCGAAAUGCAGCCGGAGCUGGAGGCGAAGCUGAUGAAGUCGAUCACAGACAUCGCGGAGCUCAAGGCAAACCUGAUGGACAAGGAGAACGCGCUGCAGAGCCUGGUGGAGGAGAACGAGACCCUCAAGUCGGAGGCGGGCAAGAAGGAGGCAGACGUGCAGCAGCGGUACGAGGCGGCGGUGGCGGAGCUGGAGCUAGCCAAGGCGGCGGAGCAGGACGUGCGGAUGCGGCUCGGGUACGUGACGGAGGAGGCCGACAAGAGCAGCCGACGUGCCGCCCGGGCCUCGGAGCAGUUGGACGCCGCGCAGGCGGCGAGCACGGAGGCCGACGCGGAGCUGCGCCGGCUGCGCGUGCAGUCCGACCAGUGGCGCAAGGCUGCAGAGGCCGCCGCCGCUGCCCUUGCGGGUGGUGGCAACAAUGGUGGCCGGAUGGUGGAGAGGACCGGGUCGCUGGACACGGAGUACAACGGGUCGAUCGGCGGGAAGCUGAUGGGGUCACCGUUCUCGGACGAGGAGUCCCCCAAGCGGCGCAACAGCGGCGUGCUGCGGAGGAUGAGCGGGCUGUGGAAGAAGGGGCCCAAGUGAAGAAGCUCAUGAGACCGGACGAGACGACCGACCGACGAGAGGUAAGGUAAGAGUAGCAGCAAGAUGACAACCAGAUUCAGCAGAGCUGGUCAGUGAUCACAGUAGCAGUCUAGUAGAGUUGCUGAUGAUGAGUAGUAGAAAUCUAUAGCUGAGCUUCUAGGGUUACUCACUAGGAUGAUGGAUGUGAUGGAAUGGAGUGGAAUGAUAGAUGGAUAUCUGUCCCUUCUUGUUUGGAGUUAGUUGAAAGAGAGAGAACCUGCUGUGGAUUGUGGUGUCAUCAGAUCCUGGAGCAGCCGCUUUUGUUUGGCUGCCUGCAUGCCUAUGUUUGUUAUGUUGAAAGAAACCACCUUGAUGUUUAA